GAAAGGUAUCUGUGUGCCAUUCAUUUUUUGCCGUUUCCGCGUGAGUCAGACAUCUCGACCCUCGAGAGAAGGAGAACACUGUGUUUUGUCUUUCUCUCACUCAGUUAUCUCCUCGUUUUUGACACAUAUCUUAGCAUACUGUAGACAUUUGGAGCAACGUGACGACAUUUUGACACCAAGACUAUAAUAUUCGGAAUGCAAAAAGAACCGUCAGUGGAAACACGAGAUGCGCAGAAAUGAUCUGCUGAACAAUAAAAUAACAAUUUUUCUAUCAUCACUAUCACUUUUUGUCAUUAUUAUUCCAAUUUAUGCCGCUGAAAAAGAUCUCUUGCCCCCAUCCACUUCAAGUGAGACAUUCCUAACUGAUGAAGAUUUUUUGAGACCUUUGAAUGAUGACGAGACAUUUCUGACUGAGAAAGACUUCAAAAAUGGUGAGAAGCUGGGUGAAGACCACGUGCCAGCUGGUUCAAUUCUCUGGAAACAAGUCUAUAAAAAAGGAGAUAUCCGAGGAAAGGCUGCCUGGAAAUUGGAUCCAAAAAACAGCGAAAGCUUAAGAAGAAAUGGAGUAAUUACUGGUACACGAAAAUGGCCAAAUGGAAGAAUACCUUAUGUGAUAUCAAAUCAAUAUAAUGAUAGAGAACGUGCAGUUCUAGCUAGAAGCUUUCAGGCAUACCACGACAAAACCUGCGUUCGAUUUGUUCCUAGAACCGCUGUAGACAACGAUUAUUUAUACAUUGGGAAGAUCGAUGGAUGUUAUUCGGAUGUUGGAAGAGCUGGAGGCAGGCAGGAGCUGUCAUUGGACAAUGGAUGCUUGCAGUACGACACAGCAAUCCACGAACUAAUGCAUUCGGUAGGUUUCUAUCACGAACACGAAAGAUGGGAUCGAGACGAACAUAUCACAAUUUUAUGGCAUAAUAUUGAUAGGGAAGCGUAUGAUCAGUUUGGAAAAGUUGAUUUGGCGGAGAGCUCUUAUUACGGACAGCUUUAUGAUUAUUAUUCUAUCAUGCACUACGAUUCAUUGGCAUUUUCCAAAAAUGGUUUCGAAACUAUGGUUGCCAAACAAUCCGAAAUGACUGCUGUUAUUGGAGCAGCAAUCGAUUUUAGUCCGAUAGACAUCUUAAAAAUGAAUCUGAUGUACCAAUGCAGUGAUGUGAAGCUUCCACCAACUGUAGUGGGGACAACUGAUAAAACAAUUGUUCCAGUGCCAGCUCCAUCGGUUACGGUAGUGGAAGAUGACUGUCGUGAUCGAACAAACCUUUGCUGGCGUUGGAUUGAUCGAUGCAAAUCAUUUUUCUUCGAGCAAAUAAUGAAAGAAUUUUGCUCUCUUUCGUGUGGUUACUGUACCCCAAAAGCUCUCCAAACUGCAAAAGCAUCACCACCGAACUACAGUAAUACAUUGCUAACAAAGUCGAGCACUUCGUAUCUGCAGCAUGGUUAAUCUAAAUUAUUAAUAAUUAAUUCCUAAAACUCCGGUCUUUCUGUGCAUUCUAUGUCUUUCAAUGUCCUCCAAAAAUUCCAGUUUUGCCAUAAUUUAAUUGUGAUUGAUCUACUUAUGAAUUCACUUCUUUACUUUUUA